AGAAAGAAAAAAAAAAGAAAAAUAAAUAGCUAUCAACGGUUAAGUUUCGGACAAAGAAAGAGAUAAAGAGAGCGCAAUCGCAACAGCUAAGAGAGAGAGAGAGAGAGAGAGAACUUUCUUGAAAUUUUCUUUUAAUUUCCUUUUAAUUUCUCUCAAAUUGCUCAUUUUAUGCAAGCAAAGUGACGGGCGUUUGAUCGAUUGAUCUUCAUUUUUCUGGCCAAUCAAGACCUGGAAAGUCGACUUAUUUCUUUUUUCUCGUGAGAUUUUGAUUCAUACAGGGCAAUUGCUUUGUUUGAUUGAAAUGACUUGUGAUAGUGAUUCACAGUCAUUUGAGGUAUCAUAGGAUUUGAAGGUUUCAAGAGAAGAAGUUGUUUGCAUACCAUCUGCCACCUUUUAGACAAGUGGAAUUUCUGCAUUUUUGCAACAAUGAGCUUUGUUUUCCGAGGGACUAGAGGAGAUAUUGAGAGUGGGUUUUCAGGAUUUAUUCCUGAACGUCCUGCUGUGCGUAUACAUGCAGCUCGACCAGUUAAUUCCAAUUCACUCGCCUUUCUUGUUACAGCAGUUCUUUUGCUGUUCAUGAUUUUAAACUCUCACCAAAUGUCGCCAAACUUUCUGCUUUGGCUAGUAGUGGGUGUCUUUUUAAUGGCUACAAGCCUGAGGAUGUAUGCAACUUGUCAACAACUUCAAGCUCAGGCCCGAGCUCAUGCUGCAGCAGCUAGUGGUUUACUUGGUCACACUGAGUUGCGUUUGCGCAUGCCACCAUCAAUCGCUUUUGCUACAAGAGGACGCUUACAAGGACUAAGGCUCCAACUUGCCCUUCUUGACCGAGAAUUUGAUGACUUAGAUUAUGACACUCUGAGAGCAUUGGAUUCCGAUAACACUCCCACAACUCAUUCAAUGAGUGAGGAAGAGAUAAAUGCCUUACCCGUGCACAAUUACAAGGUCCCUGGCCCAGAGAGUGCUGGAUCAUCACUGCAGCAGGCAUCAUCUUCAUCAGCCCCAGUUGAGCCAAAGCAAGAUUCUAGGAAGGCUGAUGGGAGUAUGAAGGCUUCAGAAGAUGAACUAACUUGUACUAUUUGUUUGGAUCAAGUUAACAGGGGGGAGCUUGUUCGGAGCUUACCAUGUUUGCAUCAGUUUCAUGCCAGCUGUAUUGAUCCGUGGCUGCGGCAACAGGGCACGUGUCCUGUAUGUAAGUUCACGAUGGGUUCAGGAUGGCAGGAAAACAGGGAGAGUGAGUCAGAUGAUUCAGACAUGGUUUAACUUGACUCCCCAAGUGAUGCAAUCUGUAUAUGCAUUAAAGUUUAUCCAACAUGUUUUUAGUUACAUACAAAUAACGUUUUCUGGGUGUGUCUUUUAAAUAUCCUCUAGGAUCGGUCUGUUACCUAUUUUGGGCUUCAUGAAAGAAAAUGAGGGUCUAUGUUGAUCAUGCUUAGCCCUGUAACUAAAAAAUUCCACCAUGAUCUAAUCUCAUAUACUUUGUGUGAGUUCAUCAGUUCCUUUUGGAUAGAUUUGUAGCUUUA